AUGGGUGUAGCAACAAAAUGUGCAAUAAUUGGUAUUGGUUUGUUGUGGCUGUUGAGUGUUGCUGAGAGUAUUCCCAACACGAGCAUCAUCAACGUUCUCUGCAACAGUGGUGUGUACACCUCAGGGGACCCUUUUGCAAUCAGUUUAAGUUAUGUGUUGGAAGACUUAGAGAAGGAAACAGCAAAGAAAAGGAAUUAUGAGUACCACAACAUUUCACCAUAUCCUAAUGUCUAUGCCUAUGGGCAUGCUACUUGUAACAUUAAUCUGACAUCCUCUGAUUGUAAAACAUGUCUUGGUGCUGCUAAAAUGGCCUUGUUUACCACAUGCCAGGCACCACGGAUAGGGGCUCGUUCAGUGCUCCAUGAUUGUACAAUCAGGUACGAGCAAUACCCAUUUGACGAUUAG